AUGGACAUCAAUACGAUCACGGGCAUCAUAGGUGGUCUCGGCCGAAUGCUGGAAACUAGUGUUGACACUAUAAGUGUACCGUCGGACUUGAUAAUGGGACGGUGGUUCCAGAUGUACAAAGCAGCUAUAAAUUUCGACGUAUUCCGAACCCAGAUGUACUGCCCUGUAGCAUACUUUUCGCCGAAUCCCAUAAUGGGUGAAGACGGUUUUUCAAUGGAGGAAGCGUACAGAACGGUUUCAAAAACAGGGCCAAUUGAGACCUAUAAACGAGAUAUGAACAAAGUUGGACCUGGACAGUACUGGAUGUACACGGAGGAGUAUUUCUAUCCAAGACAGUUUUACAUCAUCGCGGCUGGUCCUUCGUUCCACAACAAAACCGGUAAAGCAGACGAACCUAUUCAGUACAUCGUCGUGACAGACGCCAACAGGCUGUCCCUUGCCGUCUACGCUCGGGACCCUCAUACUUUCUUCCAGAAGUACAACAAAGAUGUUCUGGCGUUCAUGGAGGACAAAGGUUUCGGUGGUCGAGUGUUCUGGAACAGCCCUCGUCCUAUCUAUCAAGGGCCAGACUGCGAAUGGCCAUCAGAGAAGGAAGUGUUUGCCAGGCGGGUUCUGAAGAACCAGGAGCUGGCCGAACGUAGCCGCAACGGAACCGCCGAGCCAGCCAUGUCCGGCAUGCCGUUGGCGGAUUUACUUCGUGAUCCAAAGAAGACACUCGAGCGUCUCGUCGGCACUGAAGGUCACUGA